AUGGCUAGCAUGAAAGUAUUCGUUGUCUUUGUUAUCCUUGCUCUAUAUUCUUCAAUUCCUCGUUGUCUUAAUGCAAUUCCUCUGCAAACUCCCACUGUCGUUGAAGCAAUCUAUCAAUUCGGGGACUCGAUUUCUGAUACCGGAAAUUUGAUACGUGAGAAUCCAGUAGGCUCUCAUACAGCUUUUGCGAGACUUCCUUAUGGAGAAACUUACUUCCAUAAACCAACCGGUCGUUGCUCCAACGGUCUUCUUAUGAUUGAUUAUAUUGCUGAAAACUUCAAUUUGCCACUCCUAGACGCAUAUCUUAAUGAAGGAGGCAACUUUAAUCAUGGGGUUAACUUUGCUGUAGCUGGAUCAACCGCUCUGACAACUUCAACAUUAGCUGCUAAAAACAUAUUAUCUCCUGUCACAAACAGUUCAUUAUCUGUUCAACUCAGCUGGUUUAGGUCUUUCCUUCAUUCAAUUUGUUCACAUCCUUUUGAGUACCAACACAAACUCGCGAACGCCCUUUUCAUCAUCGAAACAGGAGGUAACGACUUCAACUAUGCCUUCUUCCAACAAAAGUCAUUACAAGACGUACAACAAAUGGUAGAUGAAGUCAUUCAAGCUAUAACAACCACUGUGAAAGAAUUAAUCAGUUUAGGUGCUACUAAAUUUGUUAUCCCUGGUAACUUCCCAAUUGGUUGUUUGCCUAUUUAUCUAAGUGCCUUCGAAUCCAACGACACCAAGAUGUAUGAUGAGCUUCAUUGUCUUAAAGAUUUGAAUGAAUUCGCCAUGUUUCAAAACAAUCACUUGGAACGAGCUAUUAAGGAGCUUCAAAUACAGUACCCGAACGUCGCGAUUGUUUAUGCUGAUUAUUACAAUGCAUUGAGGGGACUCCUUACAAAUGCAGCUUCACUUGGGUUCAACAAGAGUGAAGUGCAAAAGGCAUGUUGUGGAAUUGGUAAUAAUGAAUAUAACUUUAACAUGACAAGUAUGUGUGGAUAUAAAGGAGUUCCAGUUUGUGAAAAUCCGGAUAAGAGUGUGAGUUGGGAUGGAGUUCAUAUGACUCAACAUGCAUAUCAACUCAUGGCAAGGUGGUUGAUUAAGAAGAAUAUUCUCCCUGGAAUCUCUACUACAGUUUAGAUAGAUGAUGAUCUUGUUUUUAUUUUUAUUUUGCAAUUGCUAGUUCUUGAAUAAUAAUAGUGUAAGUUCUUUUUUUUUAAUUAAAGAUUAGUAUAGUAUUACACAGUAGAUGUAUGUUUUUGGUUAAUUUUUGUUUCGGUGAUAUAAUUUGUUUGACCUUAAUGAAG